CAGGUGUUUCCUCUUUCGGCCACGCUCGGGAGCAGGACCCGUCGCCAUGGGCCGCGUGAUCCGUGGACAGCGGAAGGGUGCCGGGUCUGUGUUCCGCGCGCACGUGAAGCACCGUAAGGGCGCCGCGCGCCUGCGCGCCGUGGAUUUCGCCGAGCGGCACGGCUACAUAAAGGGCAUCGUGAAGGACAUCAUCCACGACCCAGGCCGCGGCGCGCCUCUUGCCAAGGUGGUCUUCCGGGACCCGUACCGGUUUAAGAAGCGGACGGAGCUGUUCAUUGCCGCCGAGGGCAUUCAUACGGGCCAGUUCGUGUAUUGUGGCAAGAAGGCUCAGCUCAACAUUGGCAAUGUGCUGCCUGUGGGCACCAUGCCUGAGGGUACGAUCGUGUGCUGCCUGGAGGAGAAGCCUGGAGACCGUGGCAAGCUGGCCCGGGCAUCUGGGAACUAUGCCACCGUUAUCUCCCACAACCCUGAGACCAAGAAGACCCGUGUGAAGCUCCCUUCUGGCUCCAAGAAGGUUAUCUCCUCAGCCAACAGAGCUGUGGUUGGUGUGGUGGCUGGAGGUGGCCGAAUUGACAAACCCAUCUUGAAGGCUGGCCGGGCCUACCACAAAUACAAGGCAAAGAGGAACUGCUGCAAAACCAGAGAAUCCACUCUUGGGAGUAAUUGUUACUUACACAAGGGGGGCAGCAGCUGCACCAUCGACAAGCACAGCGUUACCCUAAGCAAAAGUCUGCCUGCUUCUACCAGCCAGUGCUAA